UAAGCUGGUUCAUUCCAAAAGUGACAUCAACCCUCCUACUUAGGAAACAAGCAAUACAAUUGGAGGAAGCCAGACCAUGCCCUUGCAUCAGGAGCUCCUUUAAAACGUGGCAGCACGGCUGUGUAAUCAGAGACACGCACGCGCACACACACACACACACACACAAACAGACGCUCAUACAGCUGCGCACAAACACACCAGCAUGGCAGAACGGGGUGACGGGAUCAGCAAGCUCAUCGAAAAAUCUCAGCAGGCCAAAGAAUUCUCCUACUGCCCUUACAGCAAAUUCCGAGUUGGAGCAGCACUGCUGGCACAUGAUGGGACCAUUUUCACAGGCUGCAAUGUAGAGAACGCCUGUUAUAAUUUAGGCAUCUGCGCUGAAAGGAAUGCCAUUUCGACAGCUGUAUCACAUGGAUACAAGAAUUUCAAGGCUAUUGCCAUUGCAAGUGAUAUGGAAGAGCACGUCAUCUCUCCAUGCGGAGGCUGCAGACAGGUCAUGAGUGAGUUCGGCUCCGACUGGGACGCGUACCUCACCAAGCCAGAUGGCUCUUUCGUUAAAAUGACCGUGAUGGAGCUGCUGCCCACAUCCUUCACACCUGAAGACCUGAAAAAGAAGACGCUUCAGAAGAGCAAUUAGUGGACGGCCUUCCAUGUCCAUGUCCAUGUCCACACUUCCAUAGCACUAAACGCUUUCGUGUAUUUUCUGUGGACACUCUUCUUAGCUAAGCCACGUACUUUCACUAGAAAUCAUAGCUUACAUCAUUGAUUUGAUAGAGUCUUUAUUAUUAGCAAUCAGCAGUAUUAAUAAUACAUACACUCAUUGAUUGCAUAGGCCGGCUACUCACUCUGUGUAUUUUCACGGUUUUAUAUUGCUGGAAAUAUGUCUGUUUGCAGCUACUAGCUAGUAAUAUUUACAUAUUAAAAUAAAUAUUGGCUUUUGCGUUCUCGCAAGCACAGGGGAUUGCGACAGCAGCUGAGCUGUUGACAAAAAAAAAA